UCACCCUUGCUUUUCAACUUCUUCUUGGUUUAGGUUGUGGGUCUGUCCUGAAUGUAAAAGGUGACGUUGAGAUGGAUGCUAGCAUCAUGGAUGGGAGAGACCUGUCUGCAGGAGCAGUGUCUGCCGUGCGCUGUGUCGAGAACCCCAUUAAACUCGCACGGCUCGUUAUGGAAAAGACACCUCACUGCUUUCUGACUGGCCAUGGUGCAGAGAAAUUUGCAGCAGAUGUGGGGAUUCCAGAGAUUCCUGUAGAAAAACUGAUAACGGAGAGAAACAAGAAGCACCUGGAGAAAGAGAAGCUUGAGAAAGGGGCCCAGAAAGCUGACUGCCCUAAGAACUCAGGCACAGUGGGUGCUGUUGCCUUGGACUGCAAAGGAAACUUGGCUUAUGCAACCUCUACUGGAGGAAUCGUCAAUAAAAUGGUUGGCCGAGUUGGAGACUCACCUUGCAUAGGAGCUGGAGGUUAUGCAGACAAUAACCUUGGAGCCGUUUCAACCACAGGACAUGGGGAAAGUAUCCUGAAGGUGAAUCUGGCCAGACUUGCCCUCUUCCAUGUAGAACAAGGAAAGACCGUAGAUGAGGCUGCUGAGUUGGCAUUGAAUUAUAUGAAGUCAAAGGUCAAAGGUCUAGGUGGCCUCAUCUUGGUCAGCAAAACAGGAGACUGGGUAGCAAAGUGGACCUCUGCCUCCAUGCCCUGGGCCGCGGUGAAGAAUGGCAAGCUGCAGGCCGGCAUUGACCUUUGUGAAACCAAGACCAGGGACCUGCCCUAAGCCCCAGAAGAUUGUAAUCUGCUUGCUAGCCUGGAAGUGAAGUUGAGCUGCCUGGUGUGGAGACCUAGCCUAAUCAAUUAGAUGUAGACAUGGAAAACUAA